AGCAGGAACAAGAUGGCUUCCACCGUCUACCGCUACCUCCAACGUCAAGCGCACGAACAGCCCGUCUACUUCUGGAGCAUCCUCAUCGGCCUCGCGGGGCCAGCGAUGCUCGUCACAGUACCCCCAAUCCGGAGGCGUAUGGGCUAUGUCAGGCCCGAAGACCCACCUUACACUUACCCACUGCCUAGGCGAGAACGGAGAGCUACUGUAGGGUUCGAGGAUCCUGAGGAGUGGGCGGGAAAAUGGGACUUGCCUAAAAGGGGUUCGACGCGGCCGAAUGAGUAAAUGUGCCUUGUGGGAGCGUAUAUGCUCAGAAGAGAAUGAAACAACACACGACUAAACUGU